CUCUGUUCACCACAUCUGCGUUAACUUGCUCUUCAUAUCAUCCUCGUAUCACACGCCCGUCAUGUCUCAGGUGCACGCAAUGUCGGACGACCAGGUCUCGGCGGAGUUGAAGAAGAUGACUGCGUUCAUCAGGCAAGAAGCUCUCGAAAAAGCCAACGAGAUCCAAAUUAAGGCCGACGAGGAGUUCGCCAUUGAAAAGUCCAAGCUAGUCCGUCAAGAAACCGCCUCCAUCGACACCGCAUACGAAAAGAAGUUCAAGCAAGCGUCGAUGUCUCAGCAAAUCACAAGAUCUACCGUUUCAAACAAGACCCGCCUCCGACUCCUAAGUGCCCGACAAGAGCUACUAGACAAGCUGUUUGAGGAGGCGCGGGGGAAGCUGCCCACAGUGACCAAGGACAAGAAGAAGUACCAAGAGGUGUUGAAGGGUCUGAUUCUUGAGGGACUGUAUGCUCUGUCGGAAAACAAAAUCCAGUUGAGGGCACGGGCAUCCGACUAUGAUAUCGUCAAAAAGAGCAUAGACGACGCGCAGAAGGAAUACAAGAGCAAGACUGGCAGUGACGUCAAAAUAGAGAUUGAUGAGAAGGAGCCGCUCCCCAAAGAUUCGGCUGGCGGUGUAAGCAUUAUUGGUGGAGGUGGAAAGAUUGAUAUCAACAAUACCUUUGAAGAAAGGUUACGGCUAUUAGAGACUGAUGCCCUACCAACUAUUCGAGCGACGCUGUUCGGCGAGAACGAGAACCGUAAAUUCCACGAUUGA